AUGAGUUUCUACGAGACUUGUAAAGCUGUUGCUCUCUCAAUCACCACCAUCUUUUCCUUGCCAUUUCAUAUUGGAAAUAAUGGCCCUUCUAACCAAGCUGUCCUCUCAUUUGGUGAUAUUAAUGCGGUAAAGGCGUCCCCUAGGUUCCCGGCGCCUCAUGGCCCGGAGUCAGGUGAAAGCUUCAUAUGCGAAUACCCAACCCUCGGAGACGGCUGGGAGUCUUGCUCGACCCCAGACGACCGUGAAUGUUGGCUGAAGGGCCCAAAUGAUACAUACGACAUAAACACAGACUAUGAAAUUCGCGCUCCUCCAGGGAUCACUCGAGAAUAUUAUCUCGAAGUUGACGAGAUGCCUAUCAACGGUGAUGGCGUCGUAAAUCCAGAUGGCAAGGUAUUCAACCAGACUUACCCUGGCCCUUGGAUCCAAGCAUGCUGGGGUGAUACCAUUAAGGUCACGGUCAAGAAUAAGCUCCAAUUUAACGGUACAACGAUUCACUGGCACGGUAUCAGGCAGAACGGAACUUUCGAAAUGGAUGGUGUCAACGGUGUCUCGCAAUGCCCUAUCGCCCCGGAAGACAGCUACACGUACGAAUUCAAAGCUGUCCAAUACGGAUCAUCCUGGUAUCACAGCCAUUACUCCUUGCAAUACGCUGACGGCUUAGCUGGACCUAUCACGAUCUACGGCCCAUCUUCGUCUAACUACGAUGAAGGACGAGACCCCAUCCUAAUCACCGACUGGAGCCAUCAUAGUGCAUUCGAGUCUUGGCAGCGAGAACUCACGCUUGAACCAGGUCUUCCUACCAUGAACGGAGUGUUGAUCAAUGGUAUUGGAAAUUUCGCCGGUAGCUUUCCGACGGAGAGGUAUAACAUGACAGUAACGAAGGGCAAGAAAUACAUCCUGCGUAUCAUUAAUACAUCAGUCGACACAACUUGGAUCUUCAGCAUUGAUAACCAUAACCUUACUGUUAUGUCCACGGACUUCGUUCCGAUUAAACCUUAUGACACGGAUCACAUUGUUAUAGGAAUUGGUCAAAGAUACCACGUCGUCCUGAACGCGGAUCCCAUCAAUACUGAUAAGUUCCCUGCAGCGUCGGACGGGAACUAUUGGAUUCGCACGGUCGCAACAACUGGAUGCCAAGGAUUCGAAGUUGGCAACGAGCCCGAUGAGCGCCAGGGCAUUCUCCGAUAUAACGCUAGUAGCAUCGAUGUGCCCACUACCUUCAGAACCAACUAUUCCCUAGCCUGUCGCGACGAGAAUUACACGUCGCUAGAGCCCAUUCUUCAGUGGAAUGUUACUCCCGUUGAUCUUGGCGCUGCUCAGCCGUACGUAGUUGGAACAGACCAGAGCCCGAAUAGGCCAGCCUCCGGAGACAACUUCGCGUUUUGGUCUUUUGGAGCAAACCCUAUGUGGUUGAACUUCUCCGACCCGACCGUCUUGAACCUCGAUAACACAACGUGGGACACGGACUACGUAGUCGUGCCGGAUAGCAACAAAGGGGGGUGGGUAUAUAUGGCCAUCGCUGCUCCCGAAGCCAACCAAGCCAUCCUCUCAAAUAAGACUUUCCCCACGGCCGCACAUCCCCUACAUCUCCACGGUCACGACUUUGCCAUCCUCGCACAGGGUGACAAUGUCACGGAGAUAGCAAACACGACUUUGAAGUUCGACAACCCACCACGACGCGAUGUAGCAUUGCUCCAGGCUGGGGGGUUCCUUGUGGUGGCAUUCAAAGCCGACAAUCCCGGCUCCUGGCUUUUCCACUGUCACAUCGCCUGGCACGCGUCUAGUGGCUUGGCCAUUCAAAUCCUAGAACGCCAACAGGAGUUGCAGGCGUUGUUCACCGAGGAGAGGCUGAAGGAGCCGAAGAGAGUGUGCGGUAACUGGGAUUCGUGGUUUUCGGACAAGGCGAAUCUGUGGAACGCUACCGGUGUGUUCCAGGAUGACUCGGGUAUCUAA